UUCACCAACAUCUGCGGAAUGAGGUUCUUGGUCGCCUUCGUUGGCCUGUUGUGUGUGGCGAGAGCAGCAUUAUCCUUCCAUCUUUCUGCUGCCCAAUCCCCACUCUCCCUUGGCCUUCUUGCUGGGGAUGUGGCUGUUGACCGGGGGAUCUCUCCACGCCUUAUGGCCACUGAUGAUGAUGGUGAUUCACGUAUGAUGAGGGACGCCUCUGCUUCUGAUUCAGCUUCAUCUUCUGAAGAGGCUGAUGAUUCUAGCAAUUCGUCUUCACGCAUGAUGAGGGACGACUCUACUUCUGAAGAGGCUGAUGAUUCUAGCAAUUCAUCUUCACGCAUGAUGAGGGACGACUCUACUUCUGAAGAGGCUGAUGAUUCUAGCAAUUCGUCUUCACGCAUGAUGAGGGACGACUCUACUUCUGAAGAGGUUGAUGAUUCUAGCAAUUCAUCUUCACGCAUGAUGAGGGACGACUCUACUUCUGAAGAGGCUGAUGAUUCUAGCAAUUCGUCUUCACGCAUGAUGAGGGACGACACUACUUCUGAAGAGUUUGGUGAUUCUAGCAAUUCGUCUUCACGCAUGAUGAGGGACGACUCUGAUUCUGAUUCUUCUAAUGAUUCACACAUGAUGAGGGACGACUCUGAUUCUGAUUCUGCUUCAUCUUCUAAUGAGUCUGAUGAUUCUAGUAAUUCUGGUUCUUACUCACGUAUGAUGAGGGAUGACUCUGAUUCUGAUUCUGGUUCUAGUGUUUCUAAUGAUUCACGCAUGAUGAGGGACGCCUCUGAUUCUGAUUCUGAUGAUGAUUCAACUUCUAAUGAUUCUAGUAACUGAUGAUGGUUAUGAUGACUCAUGCAUGACGAGAGCCGACCCAGAUUGAAAUGUGGACAAUGAUUCUGAGGAAGAUGAUUUUAAAUCUAAUGAGUCUGAACCUGAAGAUGAUGAUAAGUGAGGAGAAUAAGUAAGAGGGAGAGUGACAUUUCUAAUUCAAGAGAAACAGUGAUCCCUGUAACCGAGGAGAACCACUGAUCCCUUUAAAGAGAACCAAUAAUCUCUAUGACUCAAGAGAAGAAAAAUAUCCCUCCGAUUCAAGAAAACUAAGGAUGCGUCCAGUAGAGAAUUAAUGAUCCCUGUAAUUCAGAAGAACCAAAGUUGCCUCCAAAUCAAGAGAAACAGUUACAGCGACAUUGAGACUGACAGCGAGCACUGAUACCUACGAUACCACAGAUGCCUUCUCAUUUGCAAUCAUACAUGUAAACAUGAAAAGUAAAUAAAGUAUUUAUUGGCUAA